AAUCGAGAACCGGUCGCCAACCGGGAACUUCGCAUCGGGCAACCCAUCGGCCAUCCUUUUCAUUGAAAUUUCUCGCAAAGUGCGUGUUUGGAUGCGCUUUUUUGCCCAAAAAAGGACCAUCUAAAACCACGUAAAGAUGCCGCAGAACUACUCAACCGCCAUCGUACGCACCCGCAAGUUCAUGACGAAUCGUCUGCUGUGCAGAAAGCAGAUGGUUUGCGAUGUUCACCAUCCGGAUUUGUCGUCUGUGCCUAAAAAGGAGAUCCGGGACAAGCUGGCGGCCAUGUACAAAGUCACCCCGGACGUUGUGUUCGUGUUCGGAUUCCGCACGGACUUUGGCGGUGGUCGAUCUACGGGAUUCGCCCUGAUUUACGACACUCUGGACUUCGCAAAGAAGUUCGAGCCAAAACAUCGUCUGCAGAGACACGGGCUCUAUGAGAAGAAGCGCCCGUCCAGGAAGCAGCGCAAGGAGCGCAAGAACCGCAUGAAGAAGGUGCGGGGCACCAAGAAAGCCAAGGUGGGAGCCGCCGUGAAGAAGUAAGAGAAUAAAGGCAAUUCCGGGCUGAGAAGA